AUGGGCAAGCUCGUCAAAUUGCUCGGCGCGGGUAUCGGGUUCACGUCCGAGGCCAUCCAGGCCUCUCGUGCCAGGUCGCGCGAAUCAUCGCCAGCUGGACCUUCCUCGAUAAUGACCGACCAUGCCCCAUCCUCGUAUGACCACUCUGCCAGUGCUUAUGCUGGACAGACUGGAGAGUCUUCUCGCAGUGUACCUACUCGGGGAGAUGUCGACCACAUCGACGAAAAAAAGCAUUGCUCUAAAUCUGCCGAGGCUGGGUACGACUCGGAGAGCGAUAGCUCGGAUUCAGAUGAGCAAGACGCCAUUGGUCGCGAUGAAGUGACAUGGGAACUGGAUGAAAUGGCCGAGCAGAUGCGACCUCCCUCAUACGAGGAAUCAGAAGCGCUGUCGGCGGGUGGCUCGGAAGAUGCGAGGAUGAUGAAGGAGGAAGAAAUGAUUCGUGGCCUCGUCCACAUGGCUGGCCCUCCCCGGCCGGCGCAGCGACUCCCUUGUCCGGUUAUCAUCCCCCAGAGGAGACCAAGAAAGAAGCAGUAUGGUUUUGUCCGGGCUUAUGCGCCUGUACUCGCCGAUUCUGGUGUCAGUCAAGACGUUUUCUUGCAGUUCUUGUCGGACUGGGAGAAGACAAGCAAGUCUGAUUCAUGGAUUAAUGUCGUCUAUGUUGCUGCCAAUGUUGUCGGAUUCGUUCCGGAAUUAGCAGCUCAAAUUAUAAGCCCGAUCGUGGCGACAGCGGCCGGCACAGCAAAGGAGCUCCAAUCGCGCUCACGCCGGAAUACGUUCCUCGACAAGUUCAAUGAGGACGUACUCAUGCCACGCGGCCUCUUCAGCAUGAUUAUGACGUUCAAAGAAUCCAUCCCAGAUCAGCAGAAGGGAGCUUUGCAGAAGCUCUCUGCUGAAGUGGGCAAAACUUUUUUCACAAACAAAAAGCUCGGGAUCGACGAAGUGGCUGCAAAAUACAGUAACCCCAAUCCAAACAUGUCGAAGAUGAACAAAGGACUGCAGAAUAUUCGGCUUGCAAGUGGCUGCAUAGACGGAGAGAUCGAGCUCUCUCAGUCGGCAGAAUUGAUCUACCCCGAUCUAGAUCGGAUUGCAGAACACGCUCUGCACGGACAAGGCAAAGGCAAAGAUGCCAGUGUGGCUGAUAAGCUCAAAAGCGCGAGUUCAUGGACGCAAGACUAUUUUGAUCGACGAGGACAGACAUUCUAUGAGGCCAAAAACCCGGAUCCAUCACGGCCUAUGCAGUCCUCACAGGCGCCACAAUUCAAAUCGCGCUAUAAUGAUCCCAAUCAUCCCGCCAAUAGUGGAUCUUUGGUUGCUCUUCUGACCGGCGGCGCCGUGGAUCCAGUACCGAGAAGGAAAGCACGACGAGCAGCUAGGCAAGCGCGACGAGAUGACAGACAAAUCCGACGAGAUGCCAGACGUGUUGCUCGAGGUCGUUCACCAAGAGGUCCGAGGAAGACGAGGAACAAGAAGCAGCGCAAGGGAAUGAUCAAGAGGUUGUUGCAGGAAGACAUCCUGUACUUCUUUGUCGUGAGCCUGCCCAGCCAGGAAGAGGUGCAAGAAUCUGUUUAUCAGCUGGAGCAUUUGAUGGCCCAGAAUGGCGCAGCCUCAUCCAGGUAG